CCCCAACCCAAGCUCCUGCUCAUAUGACGUUUAUCUGUCGGACGUCAAACUUCCUUUUCCUUGUAACUGAAGACCCGCCUCUUCAACCGCAGAGUUGAAUCUCUAGGUUGUCUUCGUGCGCUCUUGCUCACUUCGGCCACUGCGACUAUGUGCCACCCCCCUCGCUAGCCCGUCCGCCAUCUAGGUAGUUUUCAAGUUACGAGAGGAAACAUCGCUGUUCUCCUCUGUCGCCCAAAAUGUCUGCAGCUUCGAGGAAAUCGUGGAACCCGAACCGCCGGCUUGGGAGCGUCCAGAGCGUCCCAGGCGUCGAUGGUCACUCAAGGCAUGCGUCGAGAGCUCGCCAGCAAGUUGUCAGCUACGACGAUGCCUACAUCUUUGCCCUGCGCGUCGCUUUCCUCAACUAUCUCUUGCAGCCUCGGAAGAAGCGCAAGGAGUACAUCACGACACCCAAACCGCUGCCGAGGUCACACACCUUGUCCAUAGGCGACUUGAUGAUGGAGCUUGUUCCGACGGGAUCGUCCAGUAAUGCCAUCAAGCUCCCCACCGGCUUCCGAUCACACCUGGAGAAGAGGAUGUCGGGCGUCCCGCAGGGCGUCGAGAGAAUGGCUGGCUAUAAUGACGCCGCCGUCAAAAGGUCCUUUGCCGAAGCCUACACAGCCUUCACCGCCAGGGACUUCCAGAAGUCAAUAGACAAGGAUCGCAAGGUCGAGCCUCUGAUCCUCAUAUUCUACACGUCCGCGACCAAGGCGCAGAUGCGUGGGAAGACGCCAGACGACAUGUCCUACAAGCCCUUGGUGGAUAGGCACCUUGCCAUGUUUGUUCGGCUUUUGUCAAGCAUUUUGAAGGAUAUGGGCGGUGACCGGCACCAGUCAGAGUUAACGAACCGUCUCAGCACGCUGGAGAACAAACUCCUCACGAACGACCAGAACCUCUCCAUCGACGCAGGACAGGAUGGUGAUCAUAAGUUUGUCGAGGUCGAAAUCCCCCUCAGUUACGAAAUCAAGGACAUGCCCAUGGUGCAGAUCGUUGCGAGGAUCUUUGGCCUGGCAAACUCCAAAGUGCAGGCCGACCUUGACUCGAAUAUUGCCUUUUGGACCGAGGAGGCGGCGCUCAAAGACUAUAAACAAUAUCAGUACAGGCUGUCGGCAAACACAGCGGGAACUUUGAGACGCCACGACUUCGACCUUGACGCGGCUUACGACGAGUGGAAGAAGAACGAAGCCCAACACCUGGGACAGAUGUUCGCCGAGAUUCUAGCCGUCCGCCCAGACCUGAGGGGAACGUCGACGUCUACUGCUGCCAAACCUCUGCCUGCCCGACCUCAGUCCUAUUACGGGGAAGAGCAGGCCUAUGCUGAUCUCAGCAAGAUGAUUUCGAACCCUGAAACCGGAGCCUUGGGGCUUGAGCAGCCCUUGAGCCUAGGGUCCUUAUCCCUCGAUGACGGUGCUAGUAUUCGGAGCGUGGAUGAGCCGGAUUACACUUUCAUACCCCGCGAUCCGCGAGCAUUCUACAAGACUAUCCUCCAGUACGCCAUGUCCUACGACCAGCUCAACUCGGAUCCUGCAGGACCCUACACGCCGCUUUCGGAACAGUCAACCGAUCUCUUGGUUGAGUUGGCCGUCCGCUGGCGGAUCCCGCAGUUCACCCGUCAUGUCGCAUUUGUCGAAGUGGCAGCUCGGAAGUUCCUUGACCAAGAGACAACGGCCGAGCAGCUCGACGUAGCUCUAGAGUCCGUCAAGACCCCUGUCCCGGAACCAAAGAAAGUCCCUCCUAUCCAGGGUUAUACAGCCACACUGCCGGAGAUUGACGCGAGCAGAUGGGCCAUGACAGACUUCGUCGUGUACCAGCAGUCGUUAAAAGAUCUCCAUGACGCGCUGCUAAGAGACCUCUUCAGCCUUCUUCUGCGCUGCUACGAGCCCAAGCCUCCUUCAAUUGCCGUCGUCAUGAUGGUCCUCGGGAGGCACAUAUAUGACGAUCCUGCCUUCUCUCAGCGGCCCGAAGAGAAGGCCGACUUCGCCCAGCAGCUCGAAGGCGGCCUUCGACAGAAAGCCGCGCAGGCCUACCGUGAUUUCACCGAUGCUCACAUCCCGCAUAGCCGGCAAGAUUGGCACUUUGGGCACGUUGUCAAGCUCGGCAAGUCGGUCGUCAGUCUGUGCGAUAGGAUUAAGAAACGGUAUCGCAAGAACCCGGAGAUCAUGGGCGUCAGCCCCUUUAGGGUCCUGGUCGAGACCAUGUUUCCCACUUUCGAGGAGGACGCAAAUGCCUUCAUCCUGCAGGUCUUGCAGGUUGCCAAGGAGCACGGCGUCGAGAUCGAUCUCCAGGAUGGCUUCGAUUUGUAUAAGGAGCUGGUCGAAAUCCGGAAGAUCCAUGUCGAAUCGCUGCCUGCCCAACCCUUCGCCUUCCAUGUCGAGGGCCUGCUUGAGGAUUUCGUCUGGAGAUGGGUCAAGGGUGCCGAGAGCAAGAUGGAAGACUAUGUCCAAGAGUCAAUCAAGCAAGACGACUUCCAUGUCCGCACACAGAACCCCGAGACGACCCCGACGGAUGCCGAGCGCCACAGUGUGUCUAUCAUCGACUUGUUCACCCUCUUCAACCAGACUGUUGAUCAGGUCUUCCAGCUUGGGUGGGAUGACGACGUCCACCACGCGAAAUUCAUGACGGCCCUGGCAAAAGCCUUCGCUGCCGCAAUUGGGCGCUAUUGCGAGAUAGUCGAGCACGAUUUUGCCAUCGAGAUGAACAAACCGCGCGAAGAGGCUCAAGUAGUCGAAGCCAAGACCGCCCAAGAGAAGUUCUUGAAGUAUGCCAAAGAUGCAUGGAACACGAAGGACAGGAUUGAGCCUUUCCAAUUUUACGCUCAGUCCUUUGUGAAGCUGAACAACAUUGAAUACGCCAUGCAAGCAUUGGAUAAGCUAGAGAAGCUGGUGAACGUCGAUGGAUGUGCCGAGGCCCUCGCAAAGGUGGACGCCCCGAGGCAGCAGGCUAAGCGCCCUAACAAGUAUAUCUUCACCGUCAAGAUCAUAGAAGCGGAGGACCUGAAGGCGUGUGAUCCAAAUGGGACUAGUGAUCCCUACGUCAUCUUGUGCGACGAAUACCAGAAGCGUCUCGCAAGGACCCGGGUUGUCAUGAGGAACCUGAACCCUCGCUGGGACGAGUCGCUUGAUAUGACGGUGGCAGGGCCGCUCAACAUCAUAGCCACCGUCUGGGAUUAUGAUACCUUUGGGGAUGACGACUUCGUCGGGCGCACUUCCCUGAAGCUCGACCCCGUCCACUUCAGCGACUACCUGCCUCGCGAAUUCUGGCUGGAUCUUGACACGCAGGGCCGCAUCCUUCUGAGAGUCAGCAUGGAGGGCGAGCGUGAUGACAUUCAGUUCCAUUUCGGAAAGGCCUUUAGACACUUGAAGCGGACUGAGCGAGAUAUGGUCCGGAAGAUCACCGACAAGUUAUCCACACAUAUCAACGCUUCGCUGUCACACGAGGCUUUGAACGGGUUGCUGAGCAGGGGGAUAGCAGCAUCUAUGGCGAGUUUGUGGAAGAAACGGCAGUCGACGGUGCCUGCCCUCUCCCCAGCCGACGUCGAGAACGCUCUGCAGUCACUGUUCGCCUACUUCAAUGAGAACUUUGCUAUCAUGAAUCAGACGCUCACGAGGGCCACGAUGCUGGCAGUCAUGACACGGCUGUGGAAGGAAGUACUCAUGACCAUCGAGAACCUUCUGGUGCCCCCUCUAUCCGAGAAGGUCUCGACGCAGAAACCGCUCACAGAACCUGAGCUGGAAAUCGUGUUCCGCUGGCUGCAGCUGCUCUUCGACUUCUUCAACGCAAAAGAUGAGAGCGGAGAGGUCCUCGGUGUCCCGGCAGAUAUCCUCAAGUCCCCCAAGUGGCACGACCUCCAGUCGCUGAACUUCUUCUACUUCGAGACGACAGAGAACUUGAUUCGCACGUCGGAGCGCAUGGCCGCAGCGAACGCCCAACGGGCACAGCAGCAGCUACGUCAGGCGAACGUGCCGCAGAACCGAUUAUCCGCGCCGCCGACGUUUGGGCCGACGUUUGCGGCGGCCGGGGCCUUCGGCAGCCUGGGCACGAUCCGGAGGGGCAGGAGCAUCAUGAUGAGCCGCAAUCUCGGCACGAUACGGCAGGCGAAGGAGGAGAAGCGGAAAGAGGCGCAGGCGGACCCGAGCGACGAUAUGAUCCUCCGCAUCCUCCGCAUGCGGCUCGAGGCCGUGGGCUAUCUGAAGGAGCGCCACCGGCAGAGGGAGCGCCAGACGGCGGCGCAGGCUGCGGCGCUGAUUGUGCAGAAGAGCGUCCAUCAGGGGUGGAGCGCUGCCGGGCCCUCAUUCGGUGGCGCGUCGGCGCCGUAUGGGAGGAACAACCUGCCUCGCCGGUAAGGGGUGCUUUGCAAGCGAUAAUUACGGACGGGAAGGGGGGGCGGCGCCUGUAAGUGGCAUGUGAUACGGCCCGGUUGAUCUAACCUUCUCCCCCCCAACCCCAAACCUCGCACCCAUAGAUUCGUGUUUUGGAAUGACUUUGGGAUGAGAAAUAG